UUUUAUUAAUAAGUAUAAUUAUUUGCGUGAAAAUUAAAGAAAAAAAUUAAAAGAAUAUGAAAGAAAUAAUAAUUGGUGCAUUUAAAACAAAAAUCUUAGGAUGGACACCAAAAACUCAAUAUGCUUCACUAAUACAUAUCAUUAUUAUUAAUGAGAUAUUUGGUCUACGUGUAUUUGAAUUUAAAGGACGAUUACGAUAUGACUGGAGUAUAAUAUACGCUAGUAUGUGUAUCAUUUUAUAUGCUGUAUAUACAAAUGAAAUAAUAAACAUAAGUUAUAAAAAUUGGCCUGCAUAUCAAGAGAUUAGUUAUAAAUUGACUAUGUAUAUUAAUAUUAUAGGCAUCAUAAUUUUUAUAAUUCUUGGAAUGUUGAAUACAAAACGUUCGAGAAAAAUUAUUGCAAGAUGUGAACAAAUAGACAAUACUUUAGAAUCAUUUGGAAUUGAGAAAAAUUACCAAAAAACUUUUUUUUGCGUUACACAAACAUUAAUUACGUCUAGCAUAAUAAUGAUAAGCAUUAUUUCGUUAGAUUAUUAUUCUACCAUUCAAUACCAAGACAAUUUAAAUAUUUUUAUAUUUAUAGCAAUAAUAACUAUGAGUUUAGGUAUUCUUACUUUUACCAUAUUGAUAAGUAUUUUACAGGACAAAUUGCAUAAGAUAAACAAGAUUAUAAAAGAGAUAUAUCAGUUAUCAAAUACAAAAGAUAUUAAUAUAAGAUAUAACAUGCAAUCACUUAUUUUAUGUAAAUUUGUAAUUAUAAUGGAUUAUAAUAAUAGAAAAUAUUUUGUUCAACAUUUUCUUCAAAUUACAAGGUAUAUUCAUUUUGAGGUUCUGAAACUUUUACGUGAACUUAACCAAGCAUAUACUUAUCAAAUUGUAUUAGAUUUAAUAAUGCAAUUUUCAUCACUAUUGAGUGUGCUUUAUAACGGAUAUUUUUAUUUAAUAUCCUUAAAAUUGUCAGAAGUAUUGUCAAAUAAAGGACUUAUAGGAUUCUUCGUAUGGAUUUUUUUAUUUUUUAUAAAAAUUAUUUUUUUAAAUAAUCAUUGCACUAAAUUCUACAAUGAGAUAAAAAUAACAACACAUUUACUUCAAGAACUGGAUAUUUGCUACUUGGAUAAUUCUAUUAGAAACGAGAUACAACAAUUUUUAUUACAACUUCUACUUCAUCCUUUCAAAUUUACUGCUGGUGGUUACAUUCUUAGUAACAAGUUAUCAGCAAAAUUUUUUGGUACUCUGAUCACUUAUUUGAUUAUAUUCAUACAAAUAAGUACAUCAAUAAAUAUGAAAUAA